UUUGUUGGUGUACGAUUUUCGAACAUUCGAUUCGAAAUCGCGAGAACUAUCGCCCAGCCGAGAGCCACGGCGAGAGUCCACCAACCAAUUCAGUCGCGAACGGACCGCGCAGUGUGGCAGUUGUGUUUUCGAGAUAGCGGGACUGUUGUGUGGGACUGUGAGUUAAGUCAUUUUCUGCAGAGUUUCCCCGCGGUGCAGUGAGAGCAGCUAGCGCGGUUGUGAAUCGAGCGAGCAAGAGCAAUCAAACAAACAUGAUCGGCAGUGACUACGUGCUGGAGGCACAUAACAUUUACCAUACCACCGAGGUUGACACCGGCGGUUGCUUCAAUGGUGGUGGCCAAUCGGCGCUGGUUCUGAAGGGUGUCCACUUGACGGUGCACAGUGGUGAAGUGAUGGCCAUUCUGGGCUCCAAGGGUAGCGGCAAGCGCGCCCUGUUGGAUGUGAUCGCACGCCGUUCCGAAGGAUCCUCCCGCGGUCAGGUGCUGCUGAAUGGGUCUCCACUGACGAAAUCACUGUUUCAGCAGCGCUGCGGAUACGUAACGCAUGCCUGUACCUUUGUGCCCGGAUUGACUGUCUCGCAGACGCUGAACUACACUCCAACCAUUCUUGGUGGGUAUUUGAAGGGCUCGAAGGUGCGCCAGGUGCUGGCUGAUUUGGCGCUGUCACAGGUAUCGCACAAAAAGGUGGAAAAUUUGAACAUCAGUGAGAAAAGGCGGCUGGCUAUUGGAAUUCAGCUUGUACGGGAUCCGGUUAUGCUGUUGCUAGACGAACCGACACAGGGACUUGAUCCGCUGAGUGCUUAUCUGCUGAUCAGUAUUCUGUCCAACUCGGCGAAGAAGACAGGCUGCGGGAUUCUGCUUUCAAUGGAGAAACCUCGGUCGGACGUAUUUCCGUUUCUGGAUAGGGCUUUGUUCCUUUGCUUGGGAGGAGCUGUCUAUUCAGGCGGAACCAGAGCUAUGCUGGAGUACUUCCACGGGAUUGGCUUUCCAUGUCCACAGCUAGAGAACCCCCUGAUGUACUAUCUGUGCUUGUCAACCGUUGAUCGAAGGCAGCGCUGUGAUGCUACCAACGAUAACAGUCUCUUCCCAGUCGAGAUUCGAUCUUGCGACUAGUAUCGUACCUCAACACCAAAUGGGUUUACGUGUAAAACGUGUAAUUUAAAUUAUGGACUAAACGCUCAUGCUAACCUAAGUUGCUAUUGCAUCCCUAAGUUAGUGCAAGUUAUUCUGGGUUUGCGCAGGCAAGAGCCACUGCAUUUUCCAUUGUCACUUGAAUUUAGUGAUCACCAAGAACUCGGUGAAUCAUUUCCAAAUUUCUUUCGCAUGAAAUAGUUUUACCAAUUUCAAUUUAUUAACGAUGCGGCUACUUAGAGACAGAUAAGAAAAAUCGUGGAUGAUAAUUAUAGGAUAGUCAAUGUCGAAAAUUUUCGUUAUUAAAAAACAAAAAUUUAUGCACCGAUAUUUUUUUAGGUCAAUAAUUUUAUGCUGAAAUUUUCGCAAUAAUAUGACGUCUAUAAAAAUGUCUGACAAUACUGUAAAACAGGACUCACAAUGAUUUUCUAAUACUUUUAAAACAUGAAUUUCAUAAAUCAUACAUCCUUUAAGCCCCCUAGAAACGUUUAAAAAUAUCUAACCGGUCUCUAGACAAUUCUGCUAUAUAUUUCUAGGCUGAAGGCUCCAAAGUAUGCGGCAAUAAAAAUCUCAAUCUCGCAUGUACUUAAAAAAUGAUGCAGGACAAAUUUCCCUGAACACAUCUUCCCGGAAAACUAGUAUUCCUCUCUUCCUCUGAUAUCUGAUCGCCCCGCACAACAUUUUGCUUACCUUCUUGCUUCUUUUUUUUAAAGAAAUAUAUGAACUUCUUGGUUUGCGUGUAUUAUACAGAUACCAACACGUGUAAAAAAAAUGAAUGUGCGGGAACGAAACAAACAAACUCAAGUAGAGUAUUUGUUCCAUUAUUCAUCUCACAAAGCCGACGUUCACGAAGAAUUCAUGGGUUUAGCGAAAUCAUUGAGCAAAUAAACAAAAUACGGUUAGCUGCUCUUAUGGAAUCGCCCAACAAUUGAAAUGUAGUAAAUUUGGUUGAAUUUAUCCUAAAUUAUGAAAAACAAACCAUUCUUCACAACGCUUCCAUAGUCAUCUCAACAUUGGAACCGCUGCUCAAACAUCCAUUUACAAUGCGCCCCCGUAUUCAUAAUACUAUUAAAGGCUUUCGUAGAAGAAUUCUGGUUUUGAUUAGCAUUCAUCAGAUCAGCGUCUUAAGGCAUUUCGACUUAUACCAAAUACAACAUUUUUAAUAUGAUUUUUUUCGCGUUAUAAGAAACUGAUUUGGCAACUUUUGAUUAUCUUCAACGCAGUGAAAACAGAUGAAAAUACAGUUGAAAUUUAGUAUUUGUAAAAAUUCAUCUAAUAUGUAAGUACUACUUGGAACUAGUUUUCGAAAAUUUGAUAUGUAUACUUCAAAGGUUUUGAAAUUAUCGGAUGUGAUAAAGAAUCAAUUUGGACUACUGAUUAGGAACCAUCCAUUGAUGAUGUAACGCAUUUGGGGGGAGGAGGUUUCGAAUAUUGUGAUAUUUUGUGACACAUGGGGGUAUAUAUGACGAUGUCCACAUAGACACGAUUUUUGCCUUUCUCCUAGAAAGGUAUAGCAAUCACUGAAAAAACUAACGGUAUAAAAUUGCUCCAAAGGGCCGAAUGUCGUAUAUCACUUUUUGCUGAAUUUGGAAUCAAUUUGUGCUUUGAUCUUUUCUUUUAUUUAAGGCUUCCUCCAACCAUUAACUGGGCUGAACUGAAAUUAUCAUCCCUUCGGACUUUUCCUCUCGUUAGA